GUCAGCAGUCUCUGGUCAUCCCCUUCACUGUCUGCAGUCUCUGGUCAUUCCCUGCACUGUCCGCAGUCUCUGGUCAUUCCCUGCACUGUCCGCAGUCUCUGGUCAUUCCCUGCACUGUCCGCAGUCUCUGGUCAUUCCCUGCACUGUCCGCAGUCUCUGUCUCUGGUCAUCCCCUGUACUGUCCGCAGUCUCUGGUCAUUCCCUGCACUGUCCGCAGUCUCUGGUCAUUCCCUGCACUGUCCGCAGUGUCUGGUCAUUCCCUGCACUGUCCGCAGUCUCUGGUCAUCCCCUGCACUGUGUCCGCAGUCUCUGGUCAUCUCCUGCACUGUGUCCGCAGUCUCUGGUCAUCUCCUGCACUGUGUCCGCAGUCUCUGGUCAUCUCCUGCACUGUGUCCGCAGUCUCUGGUCAUCUCCUGCACUGUGUCCGCAGUCCCUGGUCAUCUCCUGUACUGUGUCCGCAGUCUCUGGUCAUCUCCUGUACUGUGUCCGCAGUCUCUUGGUCAUCCCCUGUACUUUGUCCGCAGUCUCUGGUCAUCUCCUGUACUUUGUCCGCAGUCUCUGGUCAUCUCCUGUACUAUGUCCGCAGUCUCUGGUCAUCUCCAG